AUGCACCUCGCACAACUACUCUCCGACCUCUUGUUGUCGUUAUGGCGCGGUACAAUGGACCACAUCCUUCCGGAUCAUGUCUCAAUGUGGCCCUGGGCAAUCUUUCAUGAUGCUGAGACCUGGGAAACCCAUGGAGAGGCCGUUUCUAAUGCAGCGCAGCAUCUCCCAGGCUCCUUCGACCAAAAACCAAGAAAUCCCGCUGAAAAAAUGAAUUCGGGUUACAAAACGUGGGAGUAUCAAGUCUACAUAUUCGGUCUUGGCCCAGUGCUACUAUUCGAUAUCCUUCCCCGACCAUAUUGGUUAAACUACUGCAGGCUCGUACGUGGAUUUCAGUUGAUUAACCAGCAUUCUAUCAGCCAUGAAGAUGCUUGUACUGCUCAAGCCUUGUUUACUCAGUGGGAACUUGAAUUCGAGACGCUCUACUAUCAGCGCCGUGCAGAACGUUUGCAUUUCAUUCGAUCCUGCGUGCACCAAGUCAGCCACCUUGUACGUGAGACUGUCAAGAAAGGGCCUCCCAUCUGCUAUUCUCAAUGGACCAUGGAACGUACCAUUGGCAACCUCGGGCAAGAAAUUCGCCAACCUUCCAAUCCCUAUGCCAACUUAUCACGGGAGGGCGUCCGACGAUGUCAAGUCAAUGCUCUAAAGGCAAUGAUGCCUGAUCUUUCCCCCGACAAGCCCCCCUUUCCGACAACAGCUAUCGAUCUCGGAGAUGGAUAUAUUCUCUUGCAUAAGCGAGAUUCAUGGCCAAUGGUUCCUCGAGAACCAGGUGCCAAAGCAAUUUUUCAAUAUCUCGGUCACCGGUGUCGUGACUUCAAAAUCCGCUGGUGGGCUCGUGUACGUCUUCUGAACGGACAGAUAGCGCGCACUGCGUGGAGGGAAACCAAACACCCACCUGAAAAAGUGCGUCCUGCACAACAUGUCAAGAUCGUUAUCGAAGGCGAAACCCGAGUUGCUGAAGUCCUAUACUUCACGCGAUUACCUGUUGAAGCUGGUAUUGACAAUGACGACAACCAAAUUUGGGUCUGGAAGGAUGUUGCUGUCAUCUCGAUGUUCUCACUCCCUGACAACGACCUCCUUGAAUUAUCGUGCCAUACUGUCAGCUCAUGUCGACUUGAAGAUGAUGACGUUCGUGUCAUUGAUAUCAAGUCUUUUCUUGGUGUGGUUGGUAUGGUCCCACAUAAACCAACUCUUCCGUCUGGUGUUACUGAGGAUCAUUAUUUCAUGGUAGAAAAGCCCGGUCUUGAUAUUGCGACGUUCGGUGUCCCAUAUGAAGGACCCGCGGCUCAAGACGAUCAGCUGGACGAACAAGAAGUGGAGGCUGGCGAGGAUGAUGGAGGUGCUUAG